AUGAGGGAUGUUCUUGAGGAAAUGUAUGGAGGAGCUCUGCCUGUGGCCAAGAGCAGGAAAACUAAGAGGAAGGCAAUCAGCAAAGAGGCUUACUUAGAGGAAGGUUCUGAACAAGCCUCUAAGAAAGCAAAGAAGGACAAGAAGAAUAAGUCUUCUUCUGAACAAUUGGAUGAUUCUGAAUUGCCAACAAUUCAAGAAGAAGCUCAAAAUCUUAAUGUUGAAGAGGUCUUAGAGAACAGGAUCAGAAGCAGCAAGGAUGCUGCAACCUCUCAAGCAGCUUCUGAACAGCCUGUUAUUCCCAAGAAAAAGAGGAAGCAUGCUAUCAGAAAGCUAAUAAUGGAAGCUACUGCAUCUGAUGAAGAGGAAGAAGUGACUGCAACUGAGCUAGUCACAAGAGAAGUGAGGAAGAAACAAGCUAGGGAUGUUGCUGCACUUCAGAUAGGUGUGGAGUUAGCCCAGCAGGCCAACAUCCCUACAUCCAGCAUAACAAGGGAAAAUGUUGGUGCAGAUGCUGAGCAAGUGCUGAAGGCUGCUAAAGAAGUUCAAGGGUUGAUCGCUUCUGAAGCAGGACAUCUUUUAAACACUGCUGCUGGUUCCUCAAAAGCCACUAUCUCAGAUAGUCAGCAAGGUAUUACAACUUCUCCUCACACUGACAAUAUAAUUCAUGUAGAAUUAGACUCAACCCCCUCCAUUUCAUCUGACUCAUCAUCAUCCUCAUCCUUCUUAAAUCUAGAUGAUAUACCUUUAGGAGAAUUGUAUCCAACCAUUAACAAAAGCCCCUCAACAGCCUCCAAAAUCCAUAAAAAGCUGAAUGUUAACUAUUCAACCUUUGAACCUAUGAUUCCUACUCUAGAUGAAAGGAUUGGAAAUCUAGCUCAAAGGAGGAUAGAUGUUUGUGAACGUCUACCUCUUGACCAUCCUUUCCAACCAUCAAAUAUCCAACCUUUAAAUGUGAUUCAACCUGAAACCAAUACUGAAUCACAAAAAGCCUCUGAAGUAGCUUCAAAAGAAGUUACUCCAGAAGACUCCCAACAACAACAACUUGAAACCAUUCCCACCUCUAAGCAAACUGUUCCUGAACAAUUUGUCUCUGAACAACCUCAACCAGAAACCCAACCACAAACUCAAACCACUCCUGAACAAGUUGUUUCUGAACAACUUGUCUCUGAUCAACAACCUUCAUCACCAACAAACUCCCAAUCAUAUCCUGAAUCAGAUCCUAUGAUCACAUCAGAUGCCUCUGAUGUUAAGGAAGAGCCUAGCAACUCUUCUUCUGAUGUAAUCAUGGAGUCUGUUUCUGAUCAAACUACUUAA